CAGCCUGUGGCGUAUGAGCACAUAAAUGCUGGUGAAAUAGUGGUGUCUAAGCCUUCUCGUCCCAGACUCAACUCCGCACCUGAAGCGUCAACAUCCCGCCCGCUCCUAUUCACAAAGAUGCAAACCGGAUUCAUCGCAGCCCUGGUGGUGUUGGUGGCUGUAAGCACCAUGGUGACCUCUGCACAGGAGGAGCUUAAAUACCCCGAACGCCAGGUCGUAGCAGAGCUGGCAGCCCAGAUCCUGAGGAUAGCCCGCGGCCCCUGGGGCACCGUAGCCGCCGGAACCCACAAGCGCAACUCCGAACUCAUCAACUCCCUCCUGGGACUCCCCAAAGUCAUGACCGACGCCGGACGAAGAUAGAUUCGCGAAUCUUGAAAAAAAUAAUUUGACGCCUCUGUUCCCCGUUUAGUUUAUAGGAUGAGACUUGCCUGUGCCGAGCCUCUUCUCUCUCUCCCAUCGUAAGGGCGGACCAUCAACACCGAAAUAAAUGUUGCAAAGCGAAUAAAUUAA